AUAGGGCGAAGGAAUGAUUUUGGCUGAGCAUCAGUUUUAAAAAGCUCGAUUAUUGAUAGCUUCAUGGAGUAAUCAGUAUUAAUACUAAAUCUCUCAUCAUCUGCUCAGAUCCUCAUCUUCGCCUUCACAUAAUCAAAACCAAAAUUUAAAAGAAAAUAAACGAAGAGAAACAAAAUCAGAGAAGGGCACACAGAAAAUAAGAAAACGAAACACUUUCUAACGAAGGCGCUGAAAGUCCAUCAGCGAAUACGCGGAUAGUCAGAGGCAUAUAGAGCACCUUAUAUAGUGCGUAGACUGAGGACCCCGGAAACCCUAAUUCCUAAAGACCACCAAAAGUGAUGUCGUUUUAGGGUUACACUUAAGCAUGACCGCCGUCUUCGCCCAAACAGUCUUCACUUGCGCAGAAGUUCAGAACGCACCGUUUGACCAUGCUUCCCUCGAAACGCACCGUUUUAAUCUCGUCUCUUCUGCUCCCUGCACAUGGCUAAAUUUGAUUUACCAGAACCAGAGACUGAGCUUCAAACUUCAAAGCUCUGCGUUUUCAGAUCUUUGAAUUUGUGAGCUUGAGAUUUGAGAAUCCAACGCGCAUGAUCAGAUUGUUUUGUCACAGAACUCUGCCUUCUUGUGUAAAUUUCGCAACGCAUUGUGGAAGUUGCAGAGCUUGGCCAUGCUUCCCUCGACGCUGUUUCUCAGCCCAAGCGGGCCAAUUGGCCCAGCCGUGCGCGAGUUCUAUAGAGCUUCCCAGCUCAGAGUUCGACUCUCACGCUUACGCCACUAUGCUUCAAGAUUGUAUCCGAAACGCUGACCCAACCUCAGGGAAGGGUCUCCACUGUGAGAUUCUGAAAAGAGGCGGCUGUUUGGACUUGUUCGCUUACAACGUUCUGCUCAACAUUUACGUGAAAUCUGAGCUGUUGUGUGAUGCUGUUAUACUGUUCGACGAAAUGCCCGAGAGAAAUACGAUCUCGUUUGUUACGUUAAUUCAGGGGUACGCGCAGGUGUUUCGAUUCACUGAGGGUGUGGAUUUGUUCGUUAGGUUACAUAGGGAGGGUCACGAGCUUAAUCCUUUUGUUUUUUCCUCGAUUUUGAAGACGCUUGUGAGUAUGGGAUGGGCUGAGCCAGGUUGGACAUUGCAUGCUUGUAUUUGGAAGCUUGGUCAUGACUCUAAUGCAUUUGUCGGGACCGCACUUGUCGAUGCUUACUCUGUUAGUGGGCACGUUGCUAAUGCUAGAAAGGUUUUCGAUGGAAUUAUCUGCAAGGAUAUUGUUUCGUGGAGUGGUAUGGUAGCUUGUUAUUCUGAGAAUGGUUGUUUUGAAGAGGCGUUAGAAGCCUUUUCUCAAAUGAGGAUAACAGGGUUCAAGCCAAACAAUUUUACUUUUGCUGGUGUGCUUAAGGCCUGUCUUGGACUAGAAGCCUUUAAUGCGGGAAAGAGUGUUCAUGGGUGUGCGUUGAAAACUCGCUAUGAACAGGAUAUUUAUGUGGGUGUUGCAUUACUUGAACUGUACACAAUGUCCGGGGACAUUGAUGAUGCUCAACGGGCAUUUGAGGAGAUCCCUAAAAAAGAUGUGAUUCCUUGGAGUUUUAUGGUUGCACGCUAUGCUCAAAGUGGUAGGAGUGAAGAAGCUGUUGACCUGUUUUGUCGAAUGAGGCAAGCUUUUGUUGUCCCUAAUCAGUUUACAUUUGCAAGUUUGCUGCAAGCUUGUGCAACUAUGGAAGGUUUAGUUUUGGGGAAGCAAAUCCAUUCCCAUGUACUCAAAGUUGGUCUCUGCUUGGAUGUGUUUGUUUCCAAUGCCCUCAUGGAUGUCUAUGCUAAAUGUGGAAGGAUGGAGAACUCUAUGGAUCUAUUUCUGGAAUCACCCAAUAGAAAUGACGUGACUUGGAACACUCUGAUUGUUGGCUAUGUGCAGUCAGGUGAUGGCGAGAAGGCACUGAAGUUAUUUUUAAACAUGCUUGAAUACCAAGUGCAGGCAACAGAAGUGACAUACUCUAGUGUUCUUCGUGCUUCUGCAAGUCUAGCAGCAUUGGAUUCAGGAGUUCAGAUUCAUUCCUUGACAGUCAAAACCUUUUAUGACAAGAAUAUUGUUGUCGCUAAUGCUUUGAUAGAUAUGUAUGCCAAGUGUGGCAGCAUUAAAGAUGCCCGUUUGGUAUUUGACAUGUUAAAUGAAAGACAUGAAGUUUCAUGGAAUGCCAUGAUCUCAGGGUAUUCUAUGCAUGGUUUGGGGAGAGAGGCUCUAAAAGUUUUUGAAAUGAUGCAAAAAAUGAAGUGUAAACCGAACAAGUUAACUUUUGUUGGUGUUCUAUCAGCAUGUAGCAGCGCAGGGCUGUUAGAUCAAGCACAAACUUAUUUUAAUUCUAUGGCGCAGGAUUAUAGCAUUGAACCAUGUAUAGAGCACUAUACUUGUAUGGUCUGGCUUCUGGGGAGAUCAGGCCAUCUUAAAAAGGCUGUCAAGUUGAUUGAGGAAAUCCCAUUUGAGCCCAGCGUUAUGGUCUGGCGUGCUUUGCUUGGAGCUUGUGUUAUCCACAACGAUGUUGAUCUUGGAAGAAUGUCUGCACAGCGUGUGCUUGAGAUGGAUCCCCAAGAUGAGGCUGCCCAUGUGUUGUUGUCAAAUAUAUAUGCUACUGCGAAGAGGUGGGAAAACAUGGCUUCAGUUAGGAAAGACAUGAAAAGGAAAGGGGUAAAGAAGGAACCGGGCCUAAGUUGGAUUGAGAACCAGGGAAUAGUUCAUUAUUUCACUGUUGGAGAUACGUUACAUCCUGACAUGAAACUGAUUAAUGCGAUGCUGGAUUCAUUGAACAUGAAAAUCAGGAAGGCGGGAUAUGUUCCUAAUCGUAAUGCAGUUUUGCUUGAUGUGGAUGAUGAUGAAAAGGAGCGUCUCCUUUGGGUGCACAGUGAAAGAUUAGCUCUUGCUUAUGGGCUAAUUAAAACGCCAUCUGGAAGACCUAUUCGUAUCAUUAAAAAUCUCCGAAUAUGUGUGGAUUGUCAUGCUGCAGUAAAGUUAAUAUCCAAGGUUGUGCAGCGAGAAAUUAUUGUCAGAGAUAUGAAUCGGUUCCAUCACUUUCAGGAUGGGAUUUGCUCUUGUGGUGAUUACUGGUGAUUGAUGAUCUUCAAUAAGCGAGUUCAUAAUCACAGAGGUUCAUUGGUAAUAAGCUGGCAGGAACUGCUGUCUUCUAGCUGUGAUCUUCAACAUGAUGAAUGGGUCAUAACUCCAUGUAACAAGAUGUGCUACACAAGGUGUGAAGAUAAUCCAAAGAAGAAAGUGUUCGAUUGUUUUCCUUCAGAUUCCAUAACACUCUAUCCUGAUUGAUCUCGAUGAGAGCAUCACUCAUCAUUCAAUUCCCAAAAGAAAUUGCUUCUGGUAUGUAUCGUGCACAUGGUUGUAGAGGACUUGUAUAUAACUCUCCUCUCCUUGAUCCUGUUUUUGGUGGACAGUGUAAAAAAGAAAGGGGAACACGAUUGAAUGCAUCUAAAUGCUUGACUGGAUGCACAAACAUACUUCUUUAUUAUUUCACCAGUUUCAGGUUGCUGAUAAUGACUGCUGUGGAACUUGUUUUAGGCUUUGAAUGGAAAAGUCAUAGCCAUAAGAAAUGGGGCUUGAUCCUUUGAUAGCAGUCAAUAGAUAUUACAUGAUGAGGUCAGCUGCAGAAGCAGAACUGUCAAGGUAGCUCUAGUUGCAAAAUUUGUAACAGCCCAUUUUUAUGACUGAUCUGAUUAAGAUUGAAUGGGAAGGGAAAGCAGACGGAAUUUUUUUUGGCUGUAAAGCAACUGUGAGGAUACAGACAGUUUUGAGCUCUCACGGAGGGACACCAUUCCGUUCUUCACUGCGGAUGUUUUGUGAUGGCCCCCUCCUAAUUAAGUGAUGUUUCCUUUUUAACUGAAAUCAAUGUAAUAUACAAUUUGCACUCUGGUGUGAUCUUAUCUCAACACAAUGAUUGAGUGAAUUGGGGGUGGGGGGCGCAUAAUUUCGUCAUCAUCAUAAUCUCUCUCUCUCUCUCUCUCAAUCUUGGUUCUCCUUUUUCUGAGCAUCUCAAUCUUGGUUAUCAGAUUUAAAUUUCAUGCAAUCAU